AUGACGGGGCGGGCAAGCGAGCGGCCCGACGCCCCGACGCCAACGGCGCAGGCGACCCCGGCGCGAGCGGGCGGCGCGGGGACGCGGGAGGCCCGCAGGCCCGAGCCCGCGUCGCCCCGGCCUCCCUACCCUCGCGCCGAUGGCGUCGGAACUGGCGCACCGGCCCCAUUACGCAAUGCAGCCUUCCGUCGCCCCGAAGGGCACUGGUCCUCACCUGAAACGCUAGGCCGCACGCCGCCCCCACCGGCCGCCGCAGCCUCCUCCUGGAGCUGCUAUGCGGCGCCGGGGCCCGCCCGUCGCUCCGCCGCGCUCACAGGCCCCGCUCGCCGGCGAGCACCGCCGGCAGCCGCCACCGUCGCAGCCACUGCUUCGGCACCUCGGCUGCGGGAGAGCAGAACAAACAGCCCUGGAGCCGCCACUGCCGCCGCCGCCGCCGCCGCCGCCGCCAGCGCACUGACGUCACCGUGCACGCUGUGCGCGCGGCCCGGCGUCGCCGCCGCCCGGCGUGCGCGCCCCCGAGAUCGCGCCGGAGCGUGCGAGCUCGGGAGAGCCCGCGGCGGCGAGGUAAGUGCGCGAGGCGGGCGGGCGUGCGGCUCUGGGGAACCCCGCUGGCCGGGCGAGGGGACUCUUCACGAGGAGGGCGGGGCCCCACAGGCUGAGGGAGGGGCCCCGAAGACCGAGGGAGGAGGCGGAGGAGACCUUGCAGACCGAGGGGAGAAGUUCCUCACACCCCGUGCAGACCGAGGGAAGGGACCGUGGGGAGGCCGGAGGCUGCGUUCAGGGGGAAGAUCUGAAGGCAGAGAGAUUUUGUGGGCCAUACAAUGUCGAUGAGAGAGAAUCAUUGAUGGACUACCUCCUGAACACCCCCUAUUGGUGAUGGAGCGCAACCCAAGCAUGUGCCCUGACCUGGAAUUGAACCAUGACCUCCUGGUUCAUAGGUCAAUGUUCAACCAUGGAGCCACGCCGGCCGGGAUGGUUCACAUUUUGAUAAGCUCUUUUUUACUUCUCUUGCUAUUACUGUGUUUUCAAUACUGAAAAACAGAAAAGAUUAAUAAAACAUUAAAGAAUGAAAUAUGAAGUAUUAC